CCAACAUGGAGCCGGAGGACCUGCCGUGGCCGGGCGAGCUCGAGGAGGAGGAGGAGGAGGAGGCGGAGGAGGCGGAGGAGGCGGAGAACUUGGAAGAGGAUGAGGUGGUGAUGGUGGAGGAGGUGGAGGAAGAGGAGGGGCGCAGGCUGGACGCGGACUUUAACUUUGAGAGCCAGCGUCGGGAGAGUACGGACGACGAGGACGACGAGGAGGCCAAGGCCUGGCUGCAGGCGCACCCCGGCGGGUCGCUGCCGCCGCCGUCGCUCCCGAGGCACCGCUACUCCGAGGGCGAGCUGAGCAGGCCGGAGCAGGUUGUUCCAUUGACCCGUCAUGUGUGGCAACAGCCAUUAUAUCAAGACAAUAGCGGAACACAGAUUUCUGAUACUAACAUGGGCUCUUUGAGAAAAACAGCUCAGUGGGGUUCUGGGGAUGAUCAGAGAACAGAAUCUUGGCAUCUUCUUCCUCAAGAAACGGACUCUUCCCACACCUUGGAUACAACCCAGACCAGGUUUAGUGUGAGAGAGGAAGGGACUGAAGUGACAGACUUUCCCUCUCUUGAGGAAGGUACACUGACCCAAUCAGAAAAUCAAGUGAAGGAGCACGACAGAGAUCUGCUAUGUUCGCCAUUGCUAGUCAUACAAGACAGUUUUGCUUCUCCUGAUUUGCCUUUGUUGACAUGUUUGACAAAAGAUCCAGAGUUUGGGCCUGAUUCCUUAUUUCACCAAAGUGAACUAGACUUUGCACCUCUGAGGGAAAUUCCUGGUAAGCCUGAAGACACUGAAUGGUUUUCUCGACCAUCGGAAGUUAGUGAAGCUUUAUUCCAGGCAGCCUCAGAUGUAGCUUCAGACUUAGAGGGCCUGCAGGGGAAGGCUGAAUCUGACAUCUAUACUCUGGAUGAUGAUACUGAAUGCUGUAGCCUAGAUGAAAAUGCUGUUGAAUGCAGUAAAAGAGUUGCUGGACUACAAAGAGAGAUAUGUGACCAAGGUGACUUGCGCAGUGAGUGCAUUGAGCUAGCAGGUUUAGAGACUUUGCUUGAUGAUCUAGAGAUUUGUGACAGCUCCCUGCACUGGCAGUCUACGGUACAGCUACCAUCCAAGGAAGAGAGCGAAUCUGAGGAGCCUGUAGAUCAUUCUAAUGUGGACAUUAAUCAAUCUUUUUCAUCUGUAUCACCUCCAUUUUUUCCUCAUAAGCCAACUAGAGAGUUGGAGUAUCACUCUUCAGAUCUCAGAAUGUUGAGGGUGUCUCCUGACACUGUGCCAAGGACUCUCAAACAUUUAACAGGAGAUACUUCCAAAGGAGGCAUAGCUGAAAUUCCUCAACCCAACUUGAAACCAGCCUGGAAUCUGAAGUUUAAUAUGGCUCAUGACUGUGGCUACUCCAUUUCAGAAUUAAACGAAGAUGACAGGAGAAAAGUAGAAGAGAUCAAAGCAAAGUUGUUUGGUCAUGGGAGAACAACUGACUUGUCCAAGGGUUUACAGAGUCCACGGGGAAUAGGAUGCAAGUCAGAAGCUGUAUGUAGUCACAUUAUUAUUGAGAGCCAUGAAAAAGGAUGUUUCCGGACUCUAACUGCUGAACAACCACAAUUGGACAGCCACCCUUAUGUUUUCAGACCUGCUGAAUCCUCAGAAAUGAUCAGAAGAAGACAGUGGAGCCCAUCAUUGUGGAGGACCAGGCACAUUAACCUCUCCAAGUCAAGUCUAGACCAGAGCAACUCCCACUUCAGAGUUUGGAAUUCCUCGCAGUUACAAAGUCAUUCCCCAUUUCAACACUUUACAGCUAAUGACUUGAAAAUUAGCGAGGGUCUUCGAAUGCCAUUCCGUGAAAAUUUGGAUCCUUGGCUAUCAGAAUUAGUAGAACCUACUUGUAUGCCACCUGAAGAAACGGAUUAUCAUUCUUCACCACAGGCGCUGCCCCCAGAACCCAUGAAAAAGUUUACUACCUCCAUCACUUUCUCAUCUCACCGACAUUCUAAUUGUUUUUCAGAUUCCUCUUUUCUUAAGGUUGGUGUUACUGAAGGUAGCCAGUGUACUGGAGGAUCUGUGGGGGUAUUUAAUUCCCAUUUCACUGAAGAGCAAAAUCCUCCUAGAGAUCUAAAACAGAAAACCUCUUCCCCUUCAUCGUGUAAAAUCAUUAGUCAGUCACCAGGUAAAGCUGUGACUAUUUUAGCAGAAAGUAGUAGGCAAAGCCAAAAAUUAUCUGUUGAACAUUCUCACCAAGAAGUAAAACUCUUAGAAAGAUCAGAUUUUAAAGACAGUCAUUCUAAGCCCAGUAGCAGUGCAAAUGGUAGCAGUUUCAAGGAAGUUCAUUCUUCUGAUAACCCUACCCUCGUUAGCAUAAGCAGACCAAGUUCCACACUAGGAACAAAAGAGAAGAAUAUAACUAUUACUCCAGAUCUUCCUUCGCACACUUUUCUUGAACAACAAGAGUUCUUUGAACAAAGCAGAGCCCCACAUGCAGAUCACCAUGUGAGAAAACACUCUCCCCCUCCUCAACAUCAGAAUUACGUAGCUCCAAAGCUUCCUUGUCGUAUUUUUCUUGAAAAACAAGAACUCUCUGAACAGAGGAAAGCCCCACAUGUAGAUCAUCAGGUGAGAGAAAACCACUCUCCCCUUCCUCAAAGGCAGGAUUAUAUAGCUCCAGAUCUUCCUUCUUCCAUUUUUCUUGAGCAGCGCCAGCUGUUUGAACAAAGCAAAGCCCCAGAUGUAGAUCCCAUGAAAAAACACCAUGCCCCCCUUGCUCAAGGUCAGGAUUAUGUAGUAGAAAAGAAUAAUCAGCAGAAACCUAAAUUACACGUUUCUGAUAUGAUAAAUGUUGAAGCCAAAUCCAAUAAUGUGGUCUCCCCUUCAAUCCCAGAUCAAUGUACAGUAAUAACAUCCGCAUUUAUUCCACCUUCAAAUAGAAAAGCACUUUCUUACGUUCGUAUAACUCUUUGUCCCAAGACUCCUUCCAAGCUGGAUAGUGGAACCUUAGAUAAAAGAUUUCAUUCAUUGGAUCCUGCCUCUAAAACAAGAAUGAAUAGUGAGUUUAACUCUGACCUACAAACUGUAUCUUCAAGAUCAUUGGAACCAACCUCCAAAUUAUUGACCAGUAAACCUAUAGCACAGGAUCAAGAAUCUUUAGGUUUUCUAGGACCUAAAUCUUCACCGGACUUCCAAGUCGUACAGUCUCCUCUUCCAGAUAGUAAUAUUAUUACUCAGGACUUGAAAACCAUACCUUUUCAGAACAGCCAGAUAGUAACCUCAAGGCAAACACAAGUGAACAUUUCAGAUUUGGAAGGAUAUUCCAGUCCAGAAGGGACUCCAGUAUCUGCAGAUCGAUCAUCACGGGAGAUUAAGGCCCCAGUUUCUUCCUUCUCUGGAAAAAUGUCUUCUGAUGCAGUUACUCAGAUAACAACAGAAAGUCCAGGAAAAGCCAUAUUUUCGUCUGAGAUUUUUGUUAAUGCUAAAGACCGUGGACAUCAAAUUCCAGAGACCAGUACCCAGAAGCUGGGCAAUGUUCCUGUCAGGUUUGCUUCAUCAUCUUCAGUACAACAGAUUACUGUUUCAAAUGGCACUAAUGACCAACCUUCACUGUUGCCAUAUAAGCCUUCUGGUACUAUGAAGAUGUACUAUGUUCCACAAUUGAAAGAAAUUCCUUCUUUGUCUCUGGAUUCCAAAUCAAACACCACCAUUGAGAGCUCACACUCAGGAUCUAAUGAUGCCAUUGCUCCAGACUUCCCGGCUCAGGUGCUAGGCACAAGGAAUGAUGACCUGGCAGACACUGUUAACAUUAAACAUAAAGAGGGGAUCUACAGUAAGAGAGUGGUUUCUAAAGCACCCUCGUCAGUGGGGAAAAAACCCUUUCAGAAAGAUCAUGCAGAUGCUCAAGUUCAAGUUCUCAUCACAUCAGAUGAGAACCUCUCAGAGAAAAACCAGGAAAAGGAGAUCUACAGUAAAAGGGUAGUGACCGAGGCUGUCCGACCUGAAGAAGAAUCCUUGCAGAAAAACACUGCAGUUUCCAGUGAUGCUACUGUCUCAGAGCUCUCAGCUCAAUUACAAGACGUGAAGACUGGUAUCAUACCAGACACCAAAGCCAUUGAACAGAAAGAGGAGAUCCAAAGUAAGAGGACAGUUCCUAAGGAAGCCUGGCCAAAAGAGUCCAGAUGUCAUUCAGAGUAUGAAAAUACUACCCAUUCUGUCUUCAAGUCAGCUAAGUUUUACUUUCAUCAUCCAGUGCACCUACCAAGUGAUCAAGAUUUUUGCCAUGAAUCCUUAGGAAGGAGUGUUUUCAUGAGACAUUCUUGGAAAGAUUUAUUUCAGCAUCAUUCAGACAAACAAAGGGAACACACUUGUCUUCCUCCCCCUUAUCAAAAUGUGGAAAAGACAAAGACAGAUUAUACCAGAGUAGAGAGCCUCAGUAUCAAUGUAAACUUGGAAAACAAAGAAGUGAAGCAUACUACUAAAAGUCAGGCUAGAGAUUAUCCAAAAAGUGACAAGCAAGUUGAUGAUCCAAAAAAGGAUGAUAAGGCCAGCCCACAGCUAACCACUCAGCACCCUGUGAGUUUGAAUGAACUCUGGAACAAGUUUCAGGAGCGACAGAGGCAACAGAAACCUCCUGUCAGUGGCAAGAAAGAACUUUCAUUGGUGGAACGACUUGAUCGUUUGGCUAAGCUUCUUCAGCAUCCCAUCACAUACUCUCUCCAGACCUCAGAAAGCACACAGGAUGAGAGCAGAGAGGAACAAGAUGUUAAGGGAUGGACUGGUAGACAGCAACAGCAGAAACACAAGCUUCAGAAAAAGAAACGGUAUAAAAGCCUGGAGAAAUACCAUAAAAACACAGGUGAUCUUAAAAGAAGCAAGGUGCUUUCUACCCAUCAAGCUGAGAGGUCCAAUCAGAUUAAAAUUGAACAGAUUAAAUUUGAUAAAUAUAUUCUGAGAAAACAGCCAGGUUUUCAUUGUAAUUUAAAUAACACUUCUUCAGAUUCUAGACCCUCAGAGGAGAGUGAUCUGUUCACAGAUACCACCACCAAUAUCCUUUCCACCACCACUUCUCCUGUGGAAUCAGAUAUAUUGACCCAAACAGAUAAGGAGUUGGCUUUGCAUGAGAGGAGCAGCUCUGUUUCCACCAUUGACACUGCCCGAUUGAUCCAUGCUUUUGGCCAUGACAGAGUUUGUCUGUCACCCAGGCGAACUAAACUAUACAGCAGCAUCACUGACCAUCAGAGGAGAUACCUUGAGAAGCAGAGCAAGAAAUACAAGAAAGCACUGAAUACACGUUACCCCCAGAUUACUUCCGAGCACACCAGAAGGAAGCACAUCCAGGUGACAGACCAUAUUUCUUCUGACUCUGUUUCAUCUUCUACCAGUAGUUUCUGGAACUCGACCUCUACCUUUUGCAUCAAGCAAAAUGUACAUAUGUUAAACAAGGGUGUCCAAGCAGGUAACUUGGAGAUUGUGAAUGGUGUCAGAAAACACACUCGAGAUGUUGGAAUGACUUUCCCAACUCCAAGUUCGAGCAAGACUAGAGUAGAAGAGGACAGUGAUGUGACUUCUUGGUCAGAAGAAAAAAUAGAAGAGAAAAAGCUCCUUACCAAUUGUAUUGGAGACAAAAAGUUAAGGAAGAACAAGCAGAGUUGCUGUGAAGGAGUUUCAUGGUUUGUUCCUGUGGAAAAUGUGAAGUCUGUUCCUAAGAAGGAAAACCUGCCCAUGCUUCACGGCCCUGGUGUCGCCUGGUUUGCACCCAUCACCAGUACCAAACCCUGGAGGGAGCCACUACGGGAGCAGAACUGGCAGGGACAGCCCAUGGACAGCCCCAGCUCACUAGCAGGCCUGGGCAGAGAGCCACUGAAGCCAUUUGUGAGAGUGACCCUGCAGGAAUCACUUCACCUUCACAGACCUGACUUCAUCUCCCGCUCCGGGGAACGGAUAAAGCGCCUGAAGUUAAUAGUCCAGGAGAGGAAGAUGCAGAACAUGCUGCAGAGCGAGCGGGACGCACUGUUCAACACUGGGCAGGGAUGGCAGGGCUGCCGGGGCCCCGUGCACCCCCUGCUCCCCAAGAGAGGCUUCCUGGCUGCCCAAAAGAAAAGGCCUAUUGGAAAGAAGGAAAUGAUUCAGAGAUCUAAACGGAUUUAUGAGCAGCUUCCAGAAGUUCAGAAAAAAAGAGAAGAGGAAAAGAGGAGAUCGGAAUAUAAGUCAUACCGGCUGCGAGCCCAGCUGUACAAGAAGAAAGUGACCAAUCAACUCUUGGGGAGAAAAGUUCCUUGGGACUGACAUCAUACAAGUAUUUUCCUCAGAGCCUUGGAAUUAUAUUUUAUCAGCCUGGAGGAGCACAGUCCUUACUUUUAUGAGUCUGGUUUAAUAAAACUUAGCCUGUUGUCAAUGUGUAAUUUAGAGUCCUGGGCAUAGUGAUGACCAAGAUUACUAACAGUUUGGGAGCAGUCCUUUCUCCACAGUGGCCUUGCCCACAGGGAUGUUCGUUACAAUGGUAUUAUCUCAUUCUAGCCAAGAGUGAGUCCAUUUUUGUAUGUGUUUUUAUACUUUUAGAAAAUAAAUAACUUCCGAUUGACUCAUAGUAAAGCAAGCAGCAGGGGAUCAUUUGUUUCCCAUCUGGAGAGGGGCAGGGAGCUAUGCAGUGUCUUCCUGAGGUAUGCGGGGAACCUCAGUCUAAAGGCACCAGCCCUGGGAGAUGGGCUGUGAGAUGAAAUGUGACCUUUGUUUAGAAAUGCAGUUGUGGGCUUUGUGGAGACAGCAUCUGGUUAGGGUCCCCGUAGGGGGGCCCAGAGACUCUGGGCAGACACAGGCACCUUGGGUCCAGAGCCACCUCCUAGCCCCAUUCCAGCUUCCUCUGGCACCACCAGCCUUUGGUAGAACACAACUUGGGAGGCAUUAGACGCUUGAUGUAAAUCAUGACCUGGCCCUGGCCAGUGGGAUGUGGGUUGUGCCACUUCUAGAUAUGGUUCUUGUAAAGCCCACAUGCUGUCCCUUCAGCAGAGACCUUGGGGGCCAGAGCAGAUUGAUGGCAUCUUUGGUCCCAAUCCUUCUCACGUGGAUUCUGACACUCCUCCACACCCUUUCCAUGUGACUUUCCAUUUCCUCUCUCUGAAGAGGUGCAGUUCCCCUGAUGUGACACCUGUAGAGGCUAGACGCUGAAGAAGCAUUUGCUUGUUCCUGCUUUACUUUUGCACCUCUGCAAUUACCUUAAAACCAUGCUGGGGGGAGGUGGCGGGGGUCUUGUUCAAUAAAAUACAGAUUUUGUUUCCCAGGUGAUGCUGAAGCUGCUGGUCCGUGGACCACACACACUUUGAGCAGCAAGGAUGUGGAUCACUGGAUUGAAGGAGACCGUGCUCUGCGCCCUGCUCUCCACAGCAAACUGGGCUGCUUCCCUGUCCAGGCCUAUAAAAUAGCAGACUGGACUAGAAGAUCUCUAAGAUUCCUUUCAGAUCUAACAUGCUGUGAUUCUAGUCUGGUUACCCCUGUGACAGUUGAGUUCCAUCUAAAAUAUCCUUGCCCAGUGGCUGGUCUGGACUUGCACAUUUCUAAUAGUGGGGAAAUUACUGCAUGCAUAUAAGGCGUCCAUCCCGUUUCAUCUUGGAAUCUCUCAGUAAGGAACUUUUUUGUUUUGUUGAAAUACAUCUCUGCAGCUUCCAUACUGUUGGUCCUAGGUUAUCUGUUAGAAUUCAUCACAAUCCUCCCCUACUCACCCCCAUCAGUGCUCUCCCUUCAGGUCAGUGGAGGCAGUGCUGUGAUGAAAUAAUGCAAAUUGAAAGCUCUGCUCCCCGGAAACCACCCCAAGUACUGGCCAAGCAGGGGUCCUUGUACCAUGAGAUGGCUAUUGAGCCGCUGGAUGACAUCGCAGCGGUGACAGACAUCCUGGCCCAGCGGGAGGGUGCAAGACUGGAGACACCCCCACUCUGGCUAGCAAUGUUUACAGACUGGCCUGCCCUGCCUGACUCAUGCUCGCCUGCUUCAGUGGCCCCAGCCCCAGCCCGGAUCCAUUCCCUGCCCUGGGGGAGACCUCGAACAUUCUCCCUGGAUGCUGUCCCCCCAGACCACUCCCCUGGGGCUUCUCGCUCGGUUGCCCCUCUCCCCCCACAGCAAUCCCCACGGUCCAGAGGCCUCUGCAGCAAAGGCCCACCCCACACGUGGCUCCAGUCACCAGUGUGAGAAAGGUGCUGGCAGCAGAAUCUGGCCCGAAGAGAAGAUGACCUGUGUGCGGCUGGCUGUAGGUACAGAGCUGUUUGGAGCAGACUGGCCAGCCUGGCCUCCCUCCCUUUGUUGGACUGGGGGUGGGCUGGGGAAGGGGAGCAGAAGCCCCUCUUAAGCUGUGGCUGCCAUGGUGCUGAGGGACUUGCUCCCAGGACUGGCUGAGACCCCCCAAACCCCUCCUGGGAGAAAACUGGAACCACCCCUGCCCUACCCCCCUGCACUAACCGGCUCUGAGGAUGGCACUGAAGAGCCCCGGGAGGGAACGUCCCGCCCUCGUGACCCCGCGUCAGCCAUUAAAGCUAUUUAACAGCAGCCUC